AGCGUCGUCUGCAGGCGUAUGUAUGUGGGUGCGUCGUGUCGCGAUGUGGUCAGAUAUAUCUCACCAACGGCAAGGCGUGGUUUCCAUGCAGGAAGCCGGGAGAGACGGGGGGAUGCAAAGGGCGUGACCCUGGCUCUUGGGCACUGGGCUGACGCUUGCAGGCCCGUUGCUUUCUGGCAGCUUCCCCUUAGGGAGGUCGAGUCGGGCGGUGGGUGACAGCAAGGCGGCCCUGCAACGUCUGGAACACAGUCAGCAAGCGUUGCGCAACGGCAAAGGGGCGGGCGCUAUGGCGACUGUUGUACAACAUUGGGGCGGGCACAGGUGAAGGCCGACGAGGGAGGUGUGCCAAUGCCCGUCUGGGCCAUCGGUCGACUUACCCACUCACUCACUCACUUACACACAUGCACGCCCAAAACAGGGGAAAGGCGUCCGCUGGAGUCGCUGGCGGGCGGAAACAAAGACAGGGACAAGACAGGACGACGCCUCUGCAGGCCGACGAGGGUUCACGCGCAGAGAGGAAGGGAAUGGGGAGAGUGGAUCUAUUUUGGGGCUCAGCACGCGUGUGUUCCUGACUACAGGCUUAGCUGCCCGUUGCAAGGGCGAGUGCGGUGUCCGGGCGGUGGACACGGCGGAGGAGAGGGGGUGGGCUUUGGCCAGCACUCAGCAGAAGGGGCACGAAAAAGGACGAGAGGGCCGUGGGCGGUGGGCGCCGGGCACAUGGGGCGCGCGCGAGGCGAGGGUGGCGGUGGUGGUGUGCGGUCCUGGUCCUGGCCGUGGUCGUGGGAGAGGGGGUUGUUGUGGAUGCUGUGAUGGUGGUGGUGUUGGUGUUG